GAGAUAACCAAUAAAAACUAAACGUAGCUGUACGUGCGAUGGCGAUGUGUGGAUUUUUUCGUUGGUUGGUGAUAUUUUUUGAUCACAAAACAAUUGCUAAUUGAAACCUAAGUCCUAUGAGUAAAAUUCAGCUGCUACUGCAUCCGGUGAAUAGUGUUUGGUGUUUUCGUGAAGUGGACAAAAAAUAAUAAACCGAGUGGUGAUGGACGAGAGCACGGAGAAUCACAUGGAGACAGACGUGUCGUCCACGACUGAUGAUGUUCCUGAGACGCAGGAAGUAACAGGAUCCGACGGCAACGUCGAGAUGAUCAUAGUUGUGGAGAAGAUGGAUGACGAAUCAACAGCUGACGAGCAAUCUGAUGAGCAACAUUCUCCAGUUCAUGAAGGUACCGACAGUAUCAUGACACCAGAAGACGAAGCACCGGAGAAAGAACCGGUAUCAACAGUUAAACUCCCACUAAAAUCUCCAGCAGUGUCUCCUAUAAAGACACCAACAAUCACCGUUGUAAAAUCGCCAGCAAGAUCACCUGUUAAAAGUCCAGUUAAAAGUCCAGCCAAAUCUCCAGUUCAGAGUCCAGCUAAAUCUCCAAUAAAGUCUCCUGCAAAACCUCCAACUAUUACAGAAGUUGAUACAGAAGUUGCAAAUACUACAGAGGAUACUGAGAUAGUAAUGAUUGUGGAGACUGCACCACAGGUGCCCGAUGAGGUUCCAACACCUGUUGCAACACAACAAGUUGAAGUGACUGUGGAAGCAUCACCAGUCAAAGAAUCUCAAAUUAAUGAAACGGAAGACAAACCCACCCAGAUUCUAAGUCCAAGUAAAGAAGUACAGAAACCUGUGCCAAAGUCUCCAGACAGUGAGUUGCAGCCUUCAGACGCUGAUAUACCUACACCAACAAAGGAAACCAUACCAAAUGACAAACCGGCAGUCAAUGGCAAGGUCCAAUCAAAUGAAACUGGUAAAGUAGAUGACACAAGUGUUAAACCUGUAACUACAGUCACACCCAUAGAAAUCACUAUUGAAAAUUCAAAUGAUUCUCAAAUCGAAACAUUAUCUGACAUAUCAGAAAAGGAACACAAGGGCAUUAGCAGAGAAUUGAAAUCCUUAAUAAAAUCUGCAAAAGAGUCCAAGAUCAUUAGUGAGUGCACACAAUUAAAAAGUAAAACAAGAAAGUCUAGAAAUGCCUUAGACACAUCUAGUUCAAGUCUUAAUUCUUCUCUGCUGGAGCCCGGCAAGAUACAUGACACAAGAAGAAACAGUGAUAACUCACAGAAGAGCAAUUGUAGUGAAAAAUCUGAUAAAACACAUCUCAAGAGGUCUAUGAGGUCACAAAACCCAGAAUUUGUUAGUAAGGUAAAGCAGUUUCUGAAUUCUGUUACUGGUAAAAGUAGUAAAGACUCUGAUGAUGAGGAUGAUGUGGUGGAAAGCAAGGAUAAGAGUGAGAUAUUAGAGCAGGAUGCUAAGGGGACACCUCCUAAAGUUAAAAAAACUGAACCAAUUGUAGUUACAGAGAAUAGCAACAAGCUUCGUUCAGACCCUUACUGUUGGCGCUGUCACUGGGCGGUGGAGCAAGCUACCAAGAUGCAUCCUCCGAUGCACUGUACAGUCUGCCCGAGGACCUUCCACUUCAAAUGCCUGACUGGUCCAGAGAAGAACAAGAUAAAUUUGGAGAAGAAUUGGGUGUGUCCAGAAUGUAUGAUAGUUCUACAGGCUGAGAGCUCUGAGACCAGGUCGCCAGCUAUGAAGAAGAUAUCCCUAGGAAUGCUGUGCGAUCUAUUGAAGCACGCGCUGCGACGGAUGACGGAAACGAAUGGGGUGGAACCGUUUAUGCAACCAGUAGACCGGACAGCGUUCCCAGACUAUGACAAGUAUGUGGUGCACCCGAUGGACCUGUCUCUGAUGAGAGACAACAUUUCCGAAGGCCUGUACGGCAGUACGGAGGCGUUCCUUGCUGAUGCGCAAUGGAUACUGCAUAACAGCAUAAUUUUUAAUACAUAUGAAAACGUGUGUCCCCCUUCAGUGCAGUCUAAGUUGACGGCGGGUGCGCGGGCGCUGGUGCGGUCGUGUCGGUCGGAGAUGGGCGAGAUCGAGGCGUGUCCCGAGUGCUACGCCGCUGCGCAUGCGCGCCGCCCCACCUGGUUCACCGACGUCUGUUCCACGCCGCACAUCCUAUUCUGGGCUAAACUGAAAGGUUUCCCGUUUUGGCCAGCGAAGGGUAUGUCGGUGAACAGCUCCGGUUUGGUGGACGUGCGCUUCUUCGGAGCACACGACCGCGCCUGGGUGCCUUCCAAAGACUGCUUCCUGUAUUCUGAGAAGGAUCCGAAUAACUUUAGAACUAAACGUCAAGAUAUCAUUGAUAGUAUGCAGGAAGCAGAGCAACACAUUCGGAAUAUAUCACGAAAGUACGGCCGGUUCGUCUACCCUCCUUUCAAAACACCGUUUGAACCCAGCAGAAUGAGUGAGCAACUCAAAAUGAUGAUACCAACAUUUGAAGGUGAUGUAAGGUCACUAGUGAAAGAGAAGCCGGCGCCAGCUGUCAAGGGGAAGAGCAGGUCCAACUCCAAGGGUUCAAAAUGUUCACUGAACGAUGGGUUGCGCCUACACUCGGAUAGUACGGAUUCGGGUAGUGACGGGGAGGAACUACAGCGUCUAUAUGCACUCCUAGACAAGUACAGUGACGCAAGCGAGACGGACGAGGCGCCUGCGCUGCCGGCAAGGAAAAUGGCUGACGGCGCUGAAAUAGCCAAAGUGGAGGAAGAUGAAUCUAAUGUAGAGAAAGAAGUGGAGGUUGAAGUUCCAGUUCCAGUUCAAGCUAAAACGAAAGAAAACGCUCAAACGCCUACUACAACAACUUCUAGAAAGCGUCGUCGGUCGGACCUCGAGGAAGCUGUCAUCACUAUCAUUGAAACUAGCGGCAGCUACGAGAAGCGCAGUCGACGUAAGAGCCUUGCUGACAUCAAGAAACCUGACGCGCCAGAACCUAGCAGCAGCAAGGUUGUAGACACAACUACUGACAAACCUAAGGGCGAAGCAAGUAAGACCACACCCAAACAGACUACACCAGUCAAGGCAAACGAAACAUUAACCAAACUUAAAGACACCGAACCAUCCUCUAGCACUGAAAAGGAGAAAACACAGAGAGUAACUCCCAUUAGGAUAGCACUAGUCAAAGAAAGACGCCAUUCUACCAGAACCAGCUCUUCCAAGGACCCAACUGCCAAAAUUAUCACUCCUAAUAAGGACAAAGAUCAAGAAAAAACAACGCCCCAGAGGCCAAAAUCUGCCAGAAGUGCUGAAAAACCUUUAUCCGCUACUAAACCCGAGAAAACAAAACCGGAAAAGGUCGACAAAACACCUAACUCGAAAGCCGAAAAAGCUGACAAAACACCCAAUGAUAAAACUACGAGAGGGAACAGGUCCAGGGCUGAGAAACGAAGUAGUUCUCGAAGCAGCAGGUCUACCAACAGCACCAGCUCCACACGAUCAUCAGACAAGGCUGAGAAGAAAACUUAUGAGAGGGCGAAGGAUAAGUCUAAAGACAGUAAACCCUCAGCAAAAGAGAAAGACAAAGAUGGAGAUGCAAACAAAUCGGCCGUGGCUGCACAGAUGUCGCCCAAACCUGUCGCGGAUGUACAGUCCCCGAAAUCUGUGAAAGAUCGGUUGCACUUCGACGACGACACUACAUUGGCUGUUUUAGCGCGAGAAACUUCGAAAUCUAAUAAUCUAGUAACGGUAACGCUUUGCAACAAUAGUGGGCUCCCUACAAUCAGCUCCGUGCGGAGUCUCUCCACCACUGCGCAGGCUACAGGCGUGACCAUAACGAAAACAACGACAAACGCGAACACUAUUGACAUCACGGAGGAGUCGUCCACCUCAGACUCGAGUAUCUUUACACCUACUAGCUCGGAGAACGUGACGUCAAUGAAAGAAGCAAUGUCGAAACUGCAGAGACUACGCAAUGAGACGGCGGAGCCUGUCGUAGGGCGCGUGGGGGUCAGAGCGUUCGCGAGGAUGACAUCCCCGGAGAGACACACCCCUAACGAAGAGGUGCAAGUAGAAAUUAAGGCUGAACCUAUCGAUCUCGAUGACCCGGAAAGACAUAUGGAGAAGAUGGAUCUCAUGAACGCUUUCAGGCUACGGCCGGUGAACCCGCAGAACGUGCCGACGCCGACGAUGAAUUUGCGGGACGUUCGGAUAAACAAGGUGGUGGUGACGCCGCUCAACGCCAAGAAGGUGACGAAGCCGCCCGAGGUGCGGCCGAGGGCGAAGAAAUCGUUCCCGCAGCCGAAGAAGCCGGAUGAAAGUCGCUCGGACCUGGUGACGAAGAACUCGAUGGUGUACAUCCCCAUCCAGCCGCCGCAGACGCAGGCGCCGUCCGCGCGGCCGCCGCGCCCGCCGCACGCCGCCACGCCCGCCCUGCAGCCGCCCUGCAUCAUCAGGCCGCCUAUUGCCACUACCUCUUCGAACAGCCUGGUGAACACAGUAACAACCCCACUGAUGCUGUCGAGCCCGUGUAUCUCUACAAGUGGCGUGACGAACAGUACGAGCGUGGCCACCGUGCCCACGGUCCACACGGUGCCGCUGAUGACGUCAGUCAACGGACAGUGGAUGUUCAGCUUCCAGCCUGUCAUGUCUGUUGGAGCUAUUGACAAUACGCCCUCCGCACCUCUAGUUAACGGUAUCACAGAUAGAUCAAACACAUCAGUUCCACUGGCAACAUUAACUCCAACGGCAAACUCUACGUUAGUGAACUCUGCCUCGACACCGGCCGCGUCAGUAGUGCCCGUAUUACCGACCGCUACUCCUGGACCACCCAUCUCCGUGAUAAGCAGGACGCCCACCGAAAAUUCUCCGGGAGAGUCGGUGUCCGUGUUACAGCCGCCGCGGCUGCAGCAGCGCCCGACGCAGUGCCUGCAGAACCCGCUGGACGGCAACACGCCUAUAGGCACCAUGCCGCCGCCAUCCACCGCCGGACCUGUCACUGCCAAGCUCAACCAGAAUGCUGUCAAGAUGACAGAUUUCUUCCGGUCAUUACUGGAGGACUCGUUGGAGAAGCUGGACGAGCCGGUGUCCCAGCUGACCACGCUGAAGUUACAGCUCGAACAGGACAAGUGGCGACACCAACAGGAGAUUAAGGAACUCAAACAUAACUAUGAACUAACGAUAGCUGAGAUGCGCGCGUCGUUCGAGAAAGAGAAACUACGCGCGGUGAGCGAGGCGAGACGCGCGUCGCAGGUCGAGCUAGAGACCGCUGUCAAGCAGACAAAGACUAAACAAUGGUGUGCGAACUGUAGCCAGGAGGCGCAGUUCUACUGUUGCUGGAACACUGCCUACUGCGGGUACCCGUGCCAACGCGCGCACUGGUCGCAACACUUCUCAGCCUGCCAGCAACAGAGACAGGAUGGUAGCAAUGGUGAAUCGCCGACCUCUCCGAAGUCUCAAUCAGAUAACAUGCCAGUGUUACAGAAAACUCCCGCUCCGACCCUGACUGUCGGCGGCAAGGUCGCCCCCUCGCGCGGCUUCAACCAAGACCCAAAUAGCGCAUCCAAGACUUCUAUUAUUGUAAGUAUGGUCGAGGACACGAGCGGCAACCAGACAAUGAAAUGCGUCGGCACAUACAAGCCGGUUAGUGGCGGCCAGCUCGCGCCUAUCAUCAACAACAAACCUGUAGCGAGCAACGAAGAGAAUCAGAACAAGAAAGUGGUGUCUUCCUCGGGAGGGUAUUUAAUAGUGGGCGGCGCGAGUAACUCGUCGGUGGUGACCCCGGCGAGGCGGACGCACGCCAUUCAAUACUUCUCCUGAGACAGGGACUCUCCUGGCAGCAUAUUGUCUCUGCGGCCUGAUUUCUUCGAACGCAACAACAUGACGGGAAGAAAACGGAAGAAAUAAACAGUACAAAUACCGUUAAACAGUGCAAGUCCAGUCUAAUGGAGUGUUUCAACAGUGCAGUGCAUAUGGUUGUAAUCAAAACUUGUCGUAAGGGUCAUAAGCAAUAAGUACUCAAACCGUAACAAUAGUCAUUUUGUGGUUGUCCACAGAUAAAGUAGAACUAGAACUUUAAUUACUGUCAAUAAUUUUUAUAUCAUGCAUGGAUAAUAGAGAGUAAAGAGGCCUUUGGUCAACAGUGGCCAUUAUAAGGCUGUUGAUGAUGAUGAUGGAUAUUAACAAACAAUCAAUGCCCAUGAAGUAAGAUUGUCACUAGUUCAAAUUAUAACACUACGGUUAUUUUGAUUGUUAAUUAUUGUAAAUGUUUAUCGUGACUCGAGGCUGUAUCUAGCUUGAGUAUACACAUCCAUGUUCAUAAAUCAAGUAAAUUAAUACAAAAGUAGUUAGAUAAAACGCUAGUUUUGAGUCCGAUGUAAGGCAGAUUAAGUUCACAUUGGUAUAAACGCAUUCUCAGCGUUAUGAGGUAUACUUAGUUAAGAAUUAUGACUUAUAUUUAUAAAAUAUAAACUCCUUUCGUGCUAUCUUAGUAGCUUUUGCUACUUUCUGUGUCAUGAUUGUAGCCUAAAGAGUUCUGUACGAUUGUACAAAGCCAAUAUUUGAAGUAGCAAAAUAUUAGUUAAAUCUUCCCGAUGAAAGUUCAAAGGACGCGAGCGGCUGCUGUUUUUUAAUUAGUCUUGGCUAGAUUUUUCAUUUUAGUAGAAGGUAACAUUUUAAAAAUGUAAAUAAAUUAUGUGAUUUUAGGAAAAAGUGGUAUCCAUUUUAUUUUUGCAAAACAAUUGUGUUGUUAACUAGUCUCCCUUGAGUCCAGUUUUUAAUAAAAUACUGAUUGUUCAGGAUAAUUGUAUAUGGAAAUGGUAAUGAAAGCGGGACUACUCAUGAAUAUUUUUAUUUUAAAUGCAAAGUUGUUAUAUUAUUUUUCUUGCAACAAUUAACAGUUCACUCAACAUAGAGUGGAUAUUUUUACGAUUAAGUAAAAUUCAUAUUGAAAUAUAAUAAUUUGUUAACUUUCCAUAAAAUCCCGAUUAUUAAGUUCUUAUUAAUUAUUUUCCUUCAGCCCUGAGCUCGUAUGUUUAAUGUAAAUACUGUAAAUUGAUUAAUAUUACGUUCUGAUUAAUAAAACGCUCUGAAAAUGUAAAUAGCAAUGGUAGUCUGUCUACUGAGACUUGAGAAAUUGCUCAGAGAAGCUGCAAGCAGCAGGUUAAAUCCGAUAAAUUCGAGGGCCUAGUACGAGUUGGUUUUACGUUAAUGCGAUCGACAAGUUAAUGAUGUUCGUCGCUCUGAUUGGCCUGCUCCAUUUAACCAACCAAUCAGAGGGCUAAACGCAGUAUCGUUUCAAUGUAAAACAAACUCGGACUAAGCACUGGUUAUAAUGAUACUAUUACGUCAUAUGCCUAUUACGUAUCCGUAUAAUUCGUGGUAUAUGGUGUUUGAGAGCGGAAAUACCUCAUGUAGGGGCUCUCAUUACAUGCCAAGUGAUAAGAUAGAAAAAAGUUGUUGAUGCGACAAAAUGCACUGAACAUCAACUUCGCAGUCAUUCUAAACUGCCAAACAAAAUAUAGUGCAUACAACUGAUCAUUUCUUCCAAUUGAGUUUCCUUUCUAAAAUAUAUUUGUCUGAUGUAGUUAUUUCUAUCUAUAUCAUUCUCUCAAUAUUUGUAUAACGAAAUAUUGUUACUCACGAUGUAACUGUUAUAAUUUUAAGACUGUUAAUAUUAAGUUCACGUGUAAUGUGCAUUUUAGUUUUUACUCAGUAUUGGUUACAGCUAGCAGUGGUAUGUUCCAAGCUGAAGGCGAUCCCUUCAUGUUUUAAAUCGUGUCUGUAUAUAAUUGGCUGCAGUAUAAAAGAAUUAUCAAGCACUGAGCAGGCGCUUAUUGAUAUAAUAGACAUGUAAUAGAUACACUGUACAAGUGUAUCUUAAUUUAUAAAUCUUGCAAUAAAGCAAUUCUAAAGAUCCUCCUAUUAUAUUAGCAUUAAUCUCCUUCUAAGUAUGAACAGUAGGGUCGUCAAGUGAUGUCUUUUUGUAAAUAGUAAGUUUAUGUUACUAUUAAGAGCUUUUAGUACAUUAUGGUACCUACAAAACUGUUUCAUUUGACUAAUAAAUGAUGAAACCGA